UUCAAAGCUCAACCCACUCGGACUGAGCCAACCUGUUGAGCGGAUUGUUUAGGGUGUUGGUUUCAGUCAGUCUAGAUCAGAUUUUUACGUGUGUUUAGGGUGGUUCCUCCACAACCACAUUUCAAACUUCAACGUUUCAGUUUCUUUCUCCUUGAUAAAGGUUACAACCACAUCGUCAUGAUGAAGACUUUGGCACUGGUUUUCUUGACACUUUUUUCCCUUGUGUUGGCAGAAGGUCAGAAGACAACAGAGGAAGACCCCUUCACUUUUGAUUAUCACAGACUUCGAGUUGGAGGUUUGAUCUUGGCAGCAGUUCUGUGUCUGAUUGGCAUUACUAUUCUCCUAAGUGGCCACUGCAGAUGCAAAUUCAACCAGGACAAAAGGAGGAGGACAGGAAGUAACGCUCAAGCGAUGCUCAAUGACACAGCAAGGGCCAGCGAAUGCUAAAAACCCGCUGACCUGACCAGAACCAAUCAGAGGAGAUGGUCUGCCUUCCUUUAUGUGCUGGUUUAUCAGAGGAAUCAUUUCUCUUUAAGACGAGGAACCUGAUACAAAGGUUUUCUGUGUUUUCACUGCUUACCUGCUCUCAGAUCACAGAGGAGGAAGGUGAAAAUUCAUGUAACAUUUUGUUGUUUUUUUUAUGCCAGAUGUGUCUUUGUAAUUUCACUUAAUAUAAAUCGAUCACCAAAAAAAUGUUAUGUAAAUUGUUUUUUUUUUAUCCUGUCAGUAACUGUAUUAAAUUAUGUUGGAUGUAGGUAUGAAAGGGAAGGCUUUCAAUGGCAAUGUCCUGAGUCAGUCUCAUAUGGAAUCCUUUAACCAAAUAUUGCUGUAAGCUGUAGUGAAUCCAUCCAAUAUUGCAUUGUUGCAUUCUGUGUGAAGUAGUUUAUGUUCAGACUUGCUGUGCAAUUGAGUAAUAGUUGAAUAAGACGUAUGAAAAGAUCAUGCUCUCAAGAAAAAGAAAAAAAAACCCCAUCAUAUUUACAUUUUCAUGUGCUUGACUUAUUUUCAUUGCCAGCCUAUUUAUCACAAACAUGCUAGUAGUAAGAGUUUGUUUUUUUCUGUUGUGUGAAAAAUUGUCAGUAUCAUUCAAACAUAAACACUAAAAUAAACUAAAAGACACUUAAACAAAGAACACCUGAA